GGCAGUUAAUCAUUUCAACGAAUGGCACCUGUUCGGUUCAAAGGGGAAAUCGGGAGGCCACGGUGUUGGUGCUGGUGUAUCCUUUUCGCGCUGAGUAAAAUAAACUUUUUAAAUGAAUACCUACGUCUAUCUUAUUUGCAAUACUAAAUAAAGUGCCUCGCAAAGCCGUCUCUUCAAAUUUGUGAACAGGUUCCAAGCAGCAGCCAUUUUGCAUUGACCCACCACCAUGCGUCUGUUCCUGCUUCGGCGCUUGUCCCUCCUGAAGCUGGCCCUGGCUGGGGGGACUCUGUUUAUGGUUGUCCUUGUCAUACUCCAGAAAGACGUGGGUAUCAGCUCCAAUUCUGUCCAGGACCCCUGGUUCCAAGACCUGGUGGAACGCAAGGAGAGAGUGCUGGUGAUGGUCCGAGGAGCAGUCAACAACCUGGGCUUCCAGAUUGGAGCUCCCCAGCCUCCACUGGUAGAGGAGCAGCAGGCCACCUCAGACCGCAACUGUCCUCCAGGUCACUACACCCAAGCAGAGUUGAAGCCAGUCCUGGAGAGGCCCCAACAGGACCCCCAGGGGCCCGGGGCAGAUGGGACAGGCUAUGAGAAAGACAAGAUGACACCAGAGGAGGAGAAAGAGAAGGAAAAUGGGAUGACUGUUAACUGUUUCAAUCAGUUCUCCUCCGACAGGAUCUCCCUCAGCCGUAGCCUAGGAGACGACACCCGGCCACCAGAGUGUGUGGAGCGUAAGUUCCGCCGCUGUCCUCCUCUCCCCACCACCAGUGUAAUCAUAGUGUUCCACAACGAGGCCUGGUCCACCCUGCUGCGUACCGUCUACAGUGUCCUCCACACCUCCCCUGCUGCCCUGCUCACUGAGAUCAUCAUGGUGGACGACGCCAGCACUGCAGAGCACCUAGGGACUCGGCUGGAUGAGUAUGUGAAACAGCUGAAUAUAGUGAAGGUGGUGAGACAGCAGGAGAGGAAGGGCCUGAUCACAGCCAGGCUCCUGGGGGCUAGUGGGGCACUGGGACAGACUCUCACCUUCCUGGACGCACACUGUGAGUGUUUCCAUGGCUGGCUGGAGCCCCUGCUUGCUCGUAUCGUAGAGGAGCCCACGGCUGUGGUCAGCCCAGAGAUCACCACCAUCAACCUGAAUAACUUUGCCUUCAACAAGCCUGUAGCCACCUCUAAGGCCCAGAACAGAGGAAACUUUGACUGGAGCCUCACCUUCGGCUGGGAGGGCAUCCCCGAGCAGGAGAGGAACAGACGCAAAGACGAGACCUACCCCGUCAAAACUCCAACGUUUGCCGGUGGUCUCUUCUCCAUCUCCAAGAAGUACUUUGAACACAUUGGGACGUACGACGAUAAGAUGGAGAUCUGGGGGGGUGAGAAUGUGGAGAUGUCCUUUAGGGUGUGGCAGUGUGGGGGCCAGCUGGAGAUCAUUCCGUGUUCUGUGGUUGGUCACGUGUUCCGUACCAAGUCCCCCCACACCUUCCCUAAAGGCACUGAGGUCAUCACACGGAACCAGGUACGAUUAGCCGAGGUCUGGAUGGACGACUACAAACGCAUCUACUACCGACGCAACAGUAACGCUGCGAAGAUGGCCAAAGAGAAAGGGUUUGGUGACAUCUCAGAGCGUAUGAAUCUGAGGGAGAGCCUACAUUGUAAGAACUUCACUUGGUAUUUGAAUAAUAUCUACCCCGAGAUGUUCAUACCAGACCUCACCCCGACCAAGUUUGGAGCGAUUAAGAACUCUGGCACUCAGAGCUGUCUGGAUGUAGGAGAAAACAACCAAGGAGGAAAGCCACUGAUCAUGUACACCUGCCACAACAUGGGGGGCAAUCAGUACUUUGAGUAUACGUCCCAUAAGGAGCUGCGUCACAACAUAGGGAAGCAGCUGUGUCUGCAGGCCAACCCCCAGCCAGACCAGGUUAAGAUAGAGCUCUGUACACUGAAGGGCCAAGGGACCAGCGUGGCCCCACAACAGGAGUGGCUCUUUACAGAGGAGAAUCUCCUCCAGAACCCAGCCAGUGGAAAGUGCUUACUCCUGAUAGGGAGCCAGAUAGUGAUGUACUACUGCAACACAGCUGAUCUCAACCAGCACUGGACAUUCAGUUGACCUCCCUGAACUUUAACCCCUGACCUUAACCAUAACUAAAGCAUGUACUGGACCUUGAUCCCUCUACCAGCCCAUCCACCCAUAGACUCAGGGUCAAGAAGGAAAGGCCAGUACCAGCUGAGGACAACAGGACAGGACCAUAUGCCGCUGAGAACACAAAAUUGCUGACUUGAGAGGAAUGAACUGGUAGAACAUGGAGUACUGCAUACCUAUGUGAAUGAGCUCAGGAUUUAACCUCUGACUGUUUUAACUAUAUUUAUGAUGGAGACUCAGGAAUGAAGGUGGUCUGGUUCCUUCUUGUGGUGGGGAGGGAACUGAACACUGCAGCCUGGGUUGUGUUCAUUAGGGGAAGAUAUUUAGAAACAGAGUGAAACUGUGAUCUCCACUAAUACCUGAACUUGUCCAAUGAGAACACAGAUUUAAAUUUGUUGCAAAACAUUUUGCUACGGUAUACCCUACUAAACAUGACCCUGGACUGGCAAGCAGCGAUAUGCUCUACCCAGCUAAUAUGGUUGGAAGAGGUCCAUCACUGACCACUAAAAUCUUAAAACCUGUCCGUUCCGCCAGCGGAACCCCUCGCCAACAGCCAAUGAAAUUGCAGGGCGCCAAAUACGAAACAACAUAAAUCUCAUAAAUCUAAUUUCUCAAACAUACAAGUAUUACAUUUUAAAAAAGAAAAAGAAUUCUCGUUAAUCCAGCCACAGUGUCUGAUUUCAAAAAUGCUUUACAGCGAAUGCUCCACAAACGAUUAUGUUAGAUCACCACCAGGCCACAGAAUAAACACAGCCAUUUUUCCAGCCAUAGAGAGGAGUCACAAAAAGUACAAAUAGAGAUAAAAUAAAUCACUAACCUUUGAUGAUCUUCAUCAGAUGACACUCAUAGGACUUCAUGUUACACAAUACAUGUAUGUUUUGUUCGGUAAAGUGCAUAUUUAUAUUUAAAAAAUUCAUUUUAAUUUGGCGCGUUACGUUCAGUAGUUUUAAAACAUGCGAUUUAGCUUAGAGACCCAUCAAAUUACACAAAUACUCAUAAUAAACAUUGAUAAAGGUACGACUAUUAUACAUGGAAUUAGAGAAAUACUUCUCCUUAAUGCAACCGCUGUCAGAUUUUUUUAAAACUUCACAGAAAAAGCAAACCAUGCAAUAAUCUGAGAGCAGUGUUCACACAACAAAGAAGUCAAAGCGAUAUCCACCAUAUUGGGUCGUCAACAUUAGUCAUAAAUAGCAUUAGAAAUAUUCACUUACCUUUGAUGAUCUUCACCAGAAUGCACUCCCAGGAAUCCCAGGUCUACAAUGAAUGCUUGAUUUGUUCGAUAAAGUAUAUCCUCAUGUUAGGGCGUUUGGUAAGCAAAUCCAAAGGCGCGUGCAGUUCCAGCACAACGUCGGACGAAAAGUUCAAAAAGUGAUAUAACAGUCCGUAGAAACCUGUCAAACCUUAUAGGAUGUUUUUAACAUAAAUGUUCAGUAAUGUUCCAACGGGAGAAUUGCUUUGUUUGUAGAAAAGCAAUGUAACGAGAGGUAACGCUCUCGAGACCGCGCAUCAGGGGAACCAAGGCACUCUGCCAGACCACUGACUCAAACAGGUCUCAUGAGCCCCUCCUUUAUAGUAGAAUCCUCAAACAAGUUUCUUAAGGCGGUUGACAUCUAGUGGAAACCGUAGGAAGUGAAAAAUGACCCCAUAGACACUGUGUAUUCGAUAGGCCAAGCUUUGAAAACCUACAAGCUUCAGAUUUCCCACUUCCUGGUUGGAUUUUUCUCAGGUUUUCGCCUGUCAUAUGAGUUCUGUUAUACUAACAGACAUAAUUCAAACAGUUUUAGAAACUUCAGAGUGUUUU